UAUGCCCAAUUAAUUAGGAGUGUGAUGAGUGAUGUGAGAGAGCAGAGUAACACAAGCAACAAUCACUAUCAAACAAGUAUUGAACUAACCUUCAUAAUUCUAACUACAAAAUCUCAACUCCAAAUCAACAACUAAAUCAUCUCUCUUUCUUCAACUGAAUUUCGCCCAAUUCUAUUUCCAGAAUCAAUCUCUUUCAAUCGCAUUCCUGAAUUCAAUUCGAAUAAAUCGAGAAAAAUCUUGAUUUUCUAUCAACAAUUUAUCAAUUCAUUUCAACAAUUUAUCCUUGAAUUUAUACAGUAAUAUUGUGUUCUGGAUUUGAGGAGAGAGAAAAUGAGGAUUGAAAAUGAAGGAGAAGAUGUUUCAGCUCCACCGAAACAUCUUGUGUUUGCUUACUAUGUCACUGGUCAUGGCUUUGGUCAUGCCACUCGCGUCGUUGAGGUUGCUAGACAUCUGAUUCUUGCUGGGCAUGAUGUUCAUCUGGUUUCGGCAGCGCCUGACUUUGUUUACACUACGGAAAUCCAAUCUCCUCGCCUGCACAUACGUAAAGUGCUAUUGGACUGUGGAGCAGUUCAGGCUGAUGCCUUGACAGUGGAUCGUCUAGCCUCUUUGGAAAAGUACCAUGACACUGCUGUCGUACCACGAAAAUCUAUCUUGAAGACUGAAGUUGAGUGGUUGAAUUCAAUCAAGGCAGAUUUAGUGGUUUCGGAUGUUGUUCCAGUUGCAUGUCGUGCUGCUGCAGAUGCAGGAAUUCGUUGUGUCUGCGUCACCAACUUUAGUUGGGAUUUUAUAUAUGCAGAUUACGUGUUGGCUGCUGGACACCACCAUCGUUCCAUAGUUUGGCAGCUUAACUUCUGGUCCAAAAUCAUGCAGAUUGCAGAGGACUAUUCUCACGCAGAGUUCCUAAUUCGACUUCCAGGAUAUUGCCCAAUGCCUGCUUUUCGUGAUGUUAUUGAUGUACCUCUGGUUGUUAGGAGGUUGCACAAAUCUCGCAAAGAGGUGAGGAAAGAACUCGGAGUUGAAGAGGAUGUGAAGUUGCUGAUCUUAAAUUUUGGUGGGCAGCCAUCAGGCUUGAAAUUGAAGGAAGACCAUUUACCUCCCGGAUGGAAAUGCCUGGUUUGUGGAGCUUCUGAUAAGGAUGAGCUUCCCGCAGGCUUCAUGAAGCUAGCAAGAGACGCAUAUACACCUGAUCUUAUCGCAGCUUCUGACUGUAUGCUUGGAAAAAUUGGAUACGGGACAGCAAGUGAAGCCUUGGCAUACAAACUGCCCUUUGUUUUUGUGCGCAGAGAUUAUUUCAAUGAGGAACCCUUCUUAAGAAACUUGCUAGAGUUCUAUCAAUGUGGGGUUGAGAUGAUACGUAGAGAUUUACUGACUGGACACUGGAAGCCCUACAUUGAUCGUGCUAUGAGUUUGAAGCCAUGCUAUACCGGUGGUGUAAAUGGUGGUGAGGUAGCUGCUCGCAUUUUGCAGGAUGCUGCUGUUGGGAAGAAUUCUGUCUCAGAUAAGCUAAGUGGUGCUAGAAGAUUACGGGAUGCAAUUGUUCUUGGGUAUCAGCUUCAAAGAAUGCCAGGUAGAGAUCCUGAUCUCUGUGUUCCUGAAUGGUAUGCCAAUGCUCAAUCUGAAUUGGGUCGUCGCUCUGGUUCUCCGACGCUGGGUGCUGAUGGAGGAUUUGAGAAUUCUGUUAGCUUAUACACAGAAGAGUUUGAAAUUCUUCAUGGUGAUCUUCACGAUCUUCAUGAUACAAAAAGUUUCUUGAGUAGUUUGGCAGAGCUUGCUGGAGAGUUUGAGAAAAAUGUGACGCAUCAUGCACGGGAGUAUAAGGCUGCAACGGCAUUCUUUAAUUGGGAGGAAGAGAUCUUUGUGGCGAGAGCUCCUGGAAGGCUGGACGUAAUGGGUGGGAUUGCUGACUAUUCUGGGAGCCUUGUUUUGCAGAUGCCGAUAAAAGAAGCAUGCCAUGUUGCAUUGCAAAAGAAUCACCCAAGUAAUCACAGACUGUGGAAACAUGCGCAGGCUCGGCAGCAAGACAAGGGACAGGGACCAACACCUGUCCUUCAAAUUGUAUCAUUUGGGGCAGAGCUUGGCAAUCGUGGUCCAACUUUUGACAUGGAUUUGUCAGACUUUAUGGAUGGAGACACCCCAAUCUCGUAUGAGAAGGCACAAAAUUACUUCUCACGAGACCCUUCACAGAAGUGGGCAGCAUAUGUGGCAGGAACCAUUCUAGUUCUGAUGACAGAGCUGGGCGUACGAUUCGAAAAUAGUAUCAGUAUGCUGGUAUCCUCUGCUGUUCCAGAAGGUAAAGGUGUUUCCUCAUCUGCUUCUGUGGAGGUUGCUAGUAUGUCCGCUGUUGCAGCUGCACAUGGAUUAGAUAUAUCACCAAGAGAUCUUGCAUUGCUUUGCCAAAAGGUUGAGAAUCAUGUUGUUGGAGCUCCAUGUGGUGUGAUGGAUCAGAUGGCUUCAGCAUGUGGUGAAGCAAAUAAACUUCUAGCAAUGGUUUGCCAGCCUGCCGAGGUCUUGGGACUUGUGGAUAUCCCAGGUCAUAUACGUUUUUGGGGUAUCGAUUCAGGAAUUCGACACAGUGUUGGAGGAGCGGAUUACGGAUCAGUGAGAAUUGGCGCAUUCAUGGGCCGGGAGAUGAUAAAGUCUUCAGCCUCUGAAACUUUAUCCCAUUCACAAUCAAGCAAUGACAUGACAAAUUCCGGUGACCUAGAUUCCAGUAGCUCUGAAUUAAUUGGAGCUGAAGCUAAUAUGGAGUAUCUAUGCAACCUAUCGCCUCAUAGAUAUGAAGCUUCUUAUGCCAAUGUGCUCCCUGAGAGUAUACCGGGAGAAAGCUUUCUGGAAAGAUUUGGAAAUCAUUGUGAUCCUGUUACUGUAAUCGAUCCUAAGAGCUCUUAUGCUGUCAGAGCAGCAGCAAGGCACCCUAUAUAUGAGAAUUUCCGAGUGAAGGCUUUCAAGGCUCUCCUUACAUCUGCACCCUCUGAAGACCAGUUGACUGCAUUGGGCGAAUUGAUCUACCAGUGUCAUUACAGCUACAAUGCAUGUGGUCUGGGGUCGGAUGGUACAGAUAGGAUUGUAGAGUUGGUGCAAGAAAUGCAGCAUAGCAAAUUAUCUGGAUCUGAGGAUGCAGCAUUAUAUGGCGCAAAGAUAACAGGUGGUGGCUCUGGAGGAACCGUUUGUGUAAUUGGAAGGAACUCCAUGAAGAGUAGCCAACAAAUACUCGAGAUUCAGCAGAGAUACAAAAAAGCAACUGGGUAUAUGCCAUUUUUAUUUGAAGGUUCAUCACCAGGUGCAGGAAAAUUUGGCUAUCUAAAAGUUCGUCUUCGUCCAUCUCUGAAAUAAAGAUUGUAGCAACUUAACCCUUUUUUUCCUUUAUUUUCUUAAUUAUAUGGAUGGUAUAAUUUGAACAUGAUCAUCAAGGAUAAAGAGAUACUGGACAGUAUAUAUUGUAUUAGGAUUCCGAGAUUAUUGGUUUCCCCAUAUUGCUCUCCUAUUUGAGCUCAUUGCAUAUCAUUGUAUAUAUUCCUAGUUGAAUUGUAUCUUGUUAAUUCAUGUUCAACUAUAUGACUGCAUUAUUUCUUUGUGUGA